GUUUUCAUAAAGUAUAAAUACAUACACAAGAAACAAUGCGUUCUAGCAAUACUGGCAAUUUUGUUAGCAGCAUCAAUUACGAGUGCAGCAGUAAGAUUUUAUAACAAAAGUCGAACCAUGUGGAGUCGAUUGAAGUUCCAAGUGGUAAAUAUACAGGUGUUACAAUUAUUGGACAAACAGCUGAUUUCUUGUGCCUAUUGGACACGAAACCGAAAUAACCGGAAUAAAAACUUGUGCUACCUUUAUAUUGUAGAAUACAUAUUAGAGUGGAUUUUUCGAUUCUAAUAAGGAUAAUUAGAAAAUCAACGUACCAAUAAAAAUAAAGUACAAUAAUUAAAAGUAAUAAUAAAGAACGAUUUAUGGUUUUUAGGCCUAAUUUGAGACAAAGGGAUAUAUAUAUGAGUUGCCAUAGCCUUACUCAGCCAUUCCAUGAAUGCCAUUUUUAAAUUUCAUGUAGUCUAUGCUGUAGUUGACAGCCAUUGGCUUUGAAGACUUUUUUGAUUAAUUAUCCAAAAAAAAAUAUGAAUUCUGACCAGCAUCAUGAAUUUACAAGGAUCGCCUCUGUCUUGAAUUAUUGAUCCACAGUACUAUGCUUAUGAUUUUUGUUUUGAAGCGUGAGAUAUUUUUUUAAUACUUGUUUUUUGUCUGGUGACGUACCGAUGGAUAUACCCUAUUUUUUAUUUAAAAUUUCAUCUUUAUAAAUAUCACAAAAUACAUAUUUUUUUACUUGUGGUGGCCUCUUUUGUUAUUAUUAUUUAAACCUUAAUUUGCGCAAAUAGUAAGUCCCUAGCAAACGGAAAGCAGUUAAAUUUAUUAAAAAAAUUCAAAGACCAAUUUGAAUAGGCAGGGAGAAAAUAAUCGCUUGCCGCUAUAAAUAAAUGAACAAAAAAAACUUUCUUGGAUGCGUUUUAUAGUAAGAUGCAAAAGAAGGAACGAUAUCAUGAAAUCGUGUUAUGCUUAACAGUAUUCGUUUUCAGCCAUACAUAUAAUACAGUUUCGCGCUAAAUGUAAACUUGUGCAUUGCUCUCUCCUACUUUCUUAGUUUGUCGGUCGUUCCACGAAUCAUAGAAGCUCUUUCUGCACAUUUCAUUUGUGUCGUUAUUACCAGUGUUCGAUGACGCUUACCUUAGGGAAUAACAAGUAUCUAAUAUAUUAAUCUGAUGAAUAAAACAGUAAAAUCCUGGGUGUGAUUUGGCUUGCUGUACUGAUUACAUGCUGAUUAGAUGAAACCACACCUGCGGCUUCCUUGUACUUCUUAAAAUUAAUAUCGUUUUACCUUUAGUGGUUCGCAAUUUAUACAUCUUGUAUGAGUAUUUGCACACUAGCUUUGAAUCGUCUUUAAUUUUCCUUGUUUGAAAUUAGUAAUGAAUUGAAGUAGCCUCUUUCUGCUGAGUAGACACAGAUAGUGAGUCAUUCUGUGCUCUUCGUGACUUUAAACCUGUAGGUUUCAUGAAAGGUACAGCAGUGGUCUUGGAUUCUUCGGAUUUAUGAGCAUAAGAUUUUAUCAGUAUUUGCUUAAUGAAAAUAGAAUUGGGUUUAUCUAAGGUUACGCCUCUUCGUCAGUUUUUUAGCAAGUGGAGUGCGUUUGAGUCCGACAGUAUUAGGCGAGUAUUUGGACCGUUCAGUCUGGCACGUAUUAGUGCUUGAUCUCUUCGGUAACUCGAUUUAAACAAAAUUAAUGCUCGUACAUUGCCAUAUUUACGUGCAGCCCAAAUUAAGAUAAAAUAUCUAGUUAUAGUAGUUUGCUUAAAAACGACACGAGAGUUCAGCACAAUUAAUUCGUUUUUUUUUUCAUAUACCUGAACUAUGAUUAACAUUAUUAUUAGCCGUGAACAUUAUUCGACUUUUGUCAGUCUAUUUUUCAAGAUUAUUCGAUUUUCAGUGAUUGAGCACCUUCCUCAGGAGCUGCGCGACAGAUUCACGGAUAUGCGCGAAAUGGACCUUCAAGUACAAAACGCUGUGGACACACUUGAUGAACGCGUGAAGGCGUUUUUUGCGAAUGCAAAACGUGUAUCCACUGAACAACAGGAUGAGGAAUGUCGGAGAAUCUGUGAAGACUAUCAGCGCGUAAUAUUAGAUGCUGAGGAAAAGGUACAGAUAGCUAAUCAAAUAUAUGAUCUUGUUGAACGCUAUCUGCGAAAAUUAGAUCAAGAACUGCAGAAGUUUAAGAUUGAACUCGAAGCCGAUAAUGCAGGCAUUACAGAGAUCCUUGAGAAACGCUCUUUAGAAUUGGAUAACACGACGCCGACAACAACAACACAACCUCCAGCCGUGACACCACAACCGUCACGUCACGGUGAGAAGCGGCGGGCAUCGGCGUCGACUUAUGGCUCAGUAUCACACAGUGGUGCCUCACAACACAGCAGCGGAUCCGGACCUCCAGAGAACAAAAAACAGCACAUAGAUAAGAUGCACGCACCGGAACCACUAAUUAGAACGAAUCCUGUGACACCUAAUGCAUUAGCACCUCCGGCACGGGUUGCGUCUCCAUUAAGUCGAGCCUCGUCGGCGGACUCAACCCGGUCGGCAGACGUCCUUGUAUCUUCGGGGCCCUUGGGUCUCGGAUCUCAAGCGAUUGCUGCGGCUGCAUCGCAGGCGAUCGCUGCAACGCAGCAGAUGCAACAGGGCCGACGAUCCGCGUCGCUCAAGGCAAGUUAUGAGGCAAUCGCGGUACAGAACCUUGCCGCACGUGAAUUCACGUUGGGUAGCCGGGAUAUCGCGUCGCUCACACCAACGGCUGGGGGAGCACCUGCUGCUGCAGGAGCCGUUGCCGUAUCGGGGACAGGAAGCGGUAGUCAUUCAAUACAAACACCUAAUACGCCCGCGAGUGGGACCAGUUCUGGUGUAUCACUCAGCUCAUCAAUUUCAGCGUUACUCGAAGCACCUCUAGCCACUCCUACAUCAAGGAAAAGUAAUAAAAAGGCGCGGCCCUCGGCAAAUCAGACGAGUUCAGCAAAUUCGGCAGCACAUCAUCUACUCGACUCCACAAGCGAUACGAGUACGCACAUGAACAGCUUUGGAUCGUCGACGGUGGCCGCCACUGAAGACCCCGUCGCUGCGGACACGCCUGCUCAGGCAAACGCCGAAUGGCAAUAUGACCCCAAUGAACCUCGUUACUGCAUUUGUAAUCAGGUGUCCUACGGCGACAUGGUCGCCUGCGACAACGAGGGCUGUCCUUUCGAGUGGUUUCACUAUCCAUGCGUCAAUAUCAGUCAACCACCGAAAGGCAAAUGGUUUUGUCCUCAAUGUACUGCAAGCAUGAAACGGCGAGGUAAACUUCGCUAGAAGAAGAAUAUACACCAGAAAAGCAAACAAAUCGUUUGAUCUAUUUAUCAUCAACAACUUUGUGAUUGAAACUGAUAUUUUGGACCGAAAGUAUCGCCGUAAAAAUCGUCUGCUAUUUAAGGUCCUUCAGUUUCUCUUUUGAUCCAGUUGAAUCGUCUAGCAGCUUUCUAUCGUUCAUUUUGGACUGAAGGCUUAAGAGACAAAGUUGAUUUAAGCUAUGAAUUGAAUUGAGACGCAUGGCGUAAGCGGAGGGAGAGCAGUCACACACCUUUAGCCAUUACUCGUUCUCUAUUAUUUAUUAUUGGAAGAGCCUUACUUUUAUCACUCCUCUAGAUUAUUCUUCGUUAUCGCAAUUUUCCUUGCUUUGGCUAAUAAGUUGGGCUAUUUCAGUUUAAUAGGCACACUGACAUACAGACAUAUUAUUAGUUUAUAAUGAUUAUUACGUAUGAUGGUCAAAACUUGUACACCAUGCUUGUUCUGUCUAAAAUUUAGCUUCAACAAAUACAGUAAUGAUUAAUGUAGUAUGACAAAAACGUAGAAAAUACAGAGUCCUGCGAAUAGGGCAUAUGGUGGUUGACAUUAUUCAAGAGAAAAGGUUGCCUGCUUUAAUUAGACAGGAGUAUUUGAGUGAAUGCAGUGAGGGAAUGUUUCCAAAUAUGCAUAUGAAGAAUUGAGCCUAAAGAUGAACUAGUGUGUGGUUUAUCAAAAUAAAAAAUAAAACUUUUGCUAAGGUUAACAGGGCAAUGACUAGGCUGUUGCAUUAACUCACCGAUGAUGGUAGUAACAACAAUAAUGAAAAUAAUCACAAUUCUGGCUAGCUGAAUUAUCAACGAUAUUCAAUUCAAGUUGAUUAUCAAUUAGCUAAUGCUGCAGCGAUGCAGGUUGCGAAAGUCAGAUGGAAGCAUGUAUUGACGGAAUGAGCGGUUGAUACGCUAAACGCGCUCUCAAUAUGCUUCUACGAAGACGAUUAUGGGCAGUGUUUUUGUUCGUGCGGGACGCUCCCACAUGCGCAUGCGUCAAGUAUAAAAGUAAAUAUAGAAGUAGCAGUAUAUAAGUAGUUAGCUAGAAGAAUAAAUAAUUGAGAAAAUAAAAACAGAGCAGGACACUAAACUAAAUACAAACAAACAGCGAUGUUGUGGCAAAAUUAAGAGGAACACCAAUUGGUUAUACCGGCCAUCCUUUCAGAGGAUAUACGCGUAGGUAUAUAGGUUAUAGAAAAACAUUGAUGACAACAAAGCAAGACAAGAAAACCCGUGUAAAGGGGGCGGGGGGUAUUGCAGAAAAACACUUACAACGGGCACAAUAAAUAACAGUCGUGAAGAUUUUCCUCAGAAUUAAAUAUUAUUCUGUAGGCUUUGAGAAGGCUAACCGUAACAACUCUCAAAAGACGAUUAUCUUUGGCAUUUCAUGGGCUUUUUGUUUUAUAUUUACUGUAUAUUUAGGCAACACGCGUGCUAGGUAUUAGUGAAUUACUGCAUCGAUAUUUUAUAGGAGGUUGAAGAUUAACGAAAUAUCAAUGGAUGAUUUAUGUAUUUCACUCAGAUAUUUGCAUCAUUGGGUUGGACUUAGCAAAGCUGAGUCGAUGCCGUUUUACGCAGAGUAAUAUUUGGAGAUCAGAUAAAAGGCAGAUAGACGGUCAAGAAUUAUUAGACGAAUUGAUCAUCUUUCUGCCGUGGAAAAGGAAGACGAAUUCAAGAGCGAGUGCAGUAAAACUUCGGCUGGUUUACAGAGUCUGUGUUUUUUUUUGUCCCUCAUAAGCGGAGACAGUGGCAAAUAACAGGGACAGUAGAUAAAAUAUUUACUGUAAAUACGGCCUGUUUGCCAUGCAAUAUCUGUAUGACAAGCGCACUUUAUGGUAGCUAAAAUAAGCACGUAUAAUGACGGCAAGUACCGUAAAAUUACCGAAUGUACCGCAAGAAAAUAUAGAAAAGAAAGAUGAAAAUACCAAACAAACAAUAGAUGAACGUGAAUUAGAAGGGUAUGGUUCAGUAUCCAAAUGUAAAAAGUACGCUUUACUGUUAUCGAUAAUGACUCUGUGGUAAUUUUUCAUAUAAUUGUGCAAAACACAACAAAAAGUAUAGAAGACCAAAACCUAUUGUAUAGUAGGCGUUGUCAUUAGAACAUCACUGAAGUCAAUAAACUGUAUUAUAAUCAUGUACAAACAAGAUUACUUUUUGCGUUUUCUCUGGGUUUUUUUCUUUAUAAAGCAUUUCAAUCAAAGCGCCUGCAAUAUGGCUAUCUUGCUGCUAAUUUUAAAGUUA